GUCUGCUAGCGUUCUGUUUUUGAAGCUCACAGAGCUUAGAUGCGUUUUUCGAAGAAACUGUUUGAUUACUUUGAAAACUGAAGGUUGAUUUUUCAAAACCAUAUCGGCAAUGGCAACAUUAGCAAAUUUGGCUUGGAAAUGUUUCGAAACACCUCAAUCGAAAACAAUACCAUCCUGCAUUAAGGUGUGUAGUCGUAAUGCUGCCAAAAAGACAUCUGGUACAACAUCAAACGCUGGAAAUUCCAAGCCAAAACAUAGAGGAUGGAAAAGACAAGAUGGUUCUGUAGUUACAGUUGGAACAUCACUAGCCACUCAAAAUUGCACACGCUGGCAUCCAGGGUUAAACGUGGGUUUUGGACGCAAUGGAACAUUGUAUGCAAUGGUACCUGGUAAAGUGGUAGUAACUUGUGAAAAAUUUGAACCUAAGUGGGAUCAUACCUGGGUUGAAAGGCAUUAUGAAGGCAGAGAAAAUCAACCACUUUACAAAAAGUAUUUUAAUGUUAUACCAAAACCUCAACAUAAUAGGUUUAAAUUAGUGAAUAAAAUCUAAAUAUUGUUUUGUACAUGUCAUAGUUUUCUCUAAGAAUAAAUAGCGUUGAAAUAUUUUAAA